AUGGCUGGUCCAGAGCAGCAGUUAAUCUUACCGCUCGAAAGAGUCGCGUUACCGUUGCACAUCGAAACAUUCCUAUAUGCAUUAUAUGUCGUACUAAUCACGUACCUUCUGAUUCGCCCAUGGGCCGCUCGCAGGACCGUAGCGCUGCCAUUGGUCAUAAUCAUCUCGACGUCGGUCAUGUUCGUCAUAUUCUCGCUUUAUUGGGCACUGGACAUCUACCUCGUAACGGCCAAGUUCUAUUAUCUGCGCACGCCCGAACUGGUGGGUGUCCCCGGCAUCCAGAUACAACAAGGGUCUUGGAGGGGUGUGCCAUCAACAGGGGGUCUUCCACCGCAAUCCUUCCCUCUGGUUUACGUGCAGUGGGUUUCCCAACUUGUACUGUUAGUAUUGGGUGACUAUGUGUCUCUCUGGCGAGCGUGGGCGAUCUUUGGGAAGCCUAGGUGGCUCUACGUAUCCCUUUUGAGCACCGCUGUGAUCGAGAGCGCCAUCUUCAUCAUGCUAUUCAUCACUACAUCACCGGCAUACUUCCCCACCUCGGCGGCGUUCGCCCGUGUAUCAGCCAAGGCAAGGAUACCCCUGACGUUUAUCGGUUACUCUAUGACUGGUGCGGCCCAGUUGGCGUCCACGUUGUUGAUCGCCUACAAGGCUUGGGCAUAUUGGAAGGAUGUUCGGACAAUCGUGAAAUCUCGACACGUCGCUAUACUGAUUGUCGUGGUAGAGUCUGGGAUCGUCUACUUUGUUUUACUGGCUCAGUAUGGGUUUACGAGCUUCUUUGACCCGAAGAAGAGUACCUGGAGUGCGGCGGUCUUGAGUAGCUUUUACAGCGUGCCGCUCAUCGCUAUGUACCCGACCUUGGUCGUCGUUCUUGUGGCUUCCCGACGCACCGUAUUGGAAGAGGCGAGCGCUGAAGUGUCUGUGGGCGAUAUGCGUUUCGCGUCGAAUAGACGCGAGAGCACAAGUCACGCAAUCAGCGAUGUCGCUCCCACAGUACUCACGCUCGUUCGCGUAAGCUCCGAAGAAUAUGAGCCCGACAUGGAUGGGGAAUCGUACACCGCACACAGUGCUGUUGAAUCUGGCGGCGGCGAAUUAUCAAGGACUGAAAAGGGGCUAGGUUCUCGCCCUCCUCUGUCAGGGUAG